AUGGACCAAUUUCGUCUCAAUAUCACCUUCCCCUCUUCUUUAAUCCUCAGUCUUUUACCGUUUCUGAUUUACUUCCUUUACACCCAAAUCUUGACACCCCUCUUCCGCCCCGACCUCAGCCAGAUUCCAGGCCCAGUCCUCGCAAAACUCACAAACCUUUACCGACUAGCCUUAGUGAACACUGGAUCCGCACACAUCCAUCACCAAGCCCUCCACAAGCGUCAUGGACCAUUCAUUCGCCUAGGCCCCAAUACAAUCUCAAUAGGCACACCAGCCGCGAUACCAAUAUUAUAUAAUACACGCACCCGAUACCCCAAAUCAGCCUUCUACCCUGUAAUGGGUAACGUUGCGCAUGGGAAGGUCAUACCUACAAUCUUCUCCACUCAAGAUGAGGCAGUGCACGAGAGGAUGAAACGGCCUAUUGCGCAGGUCUAUGCCAUGACGAAUCUAAAGACCUAUGAGGCUCUUGUUGAGAGUACCGAGGGUCUAUUCGUGAAGAAGUUGGAGAUUUUAGCGGAUGAAAGGAAGGCUUUUGAUCUGGGGGCUUGGAUGCAUUGGUUUGCGACCGAUGUUAUCAUGGAGAUCACGUUUGGGGAGAGGAAUGAUCGAGAAGAGGUUUUGAUCGGUCAAAUGCCCUGGCUCGAUAAGUUCCUCCAUAAGAACCCGCUCAUUGCCUUUGUUUCGGGAAUCCUCUCGAAUAAAUCAGUAUCUCCUGUUCUGGCAUUUGCUCUUGAGCGAAUAAGAGAGCGGAGAAUAGAGCGUCGUGAGCAACCCGAAAAGAACGUUAUGCGGAGGGAUUUUUUGGCUCGGUUUUUGGAUAUCCAAGAGAAACGUCCAGAUAUUCCUGAUUCCUGGAUAAUAUCUUGGUGUCAACAAAAUGUGCAAGCUGGUUCCGAUUCCACGGCGAUUACAUUGACAUCAGUGUUCUACCACCUCUUGAAAGAUCCAGAUUCUAUGGAGACUCUGCUUGCAGAGUUGGAUAAUGCACAUCUUUCAUCCCCAGUUCAGUGGGAUGUUGCCCAUAAGCUUCCUUAUCUCGACGCCUGCAUUAAGGAAGCAUUAAGGAUGACUCCGGCGAUAGGUAUUCCAUUGGAGCGUGUUGUCCCGCCGGGGGGUAUAGAGGUUUGUGGGAAAUAUUUUAGAGGUGGAACAGUGCUCGGUGUGAACGCUUGGGUUGCGCACAGGGAUGAGGAAGUAUAUGGGGUCGAUGCUGAUGAAUGGAGACCCGGACGAUGGAUUGAUGCAAGUCAGGAGAAGAGGAAAGAGAUGGAGCGACUGUUGUUCGCGUUUGGAGGGGGGUCAAGAGUCUGCCUUGGAAGGAAUAUCUCAUACUUGGAGAUGUAUAAGGUUAUUCCAGAGGUGUUGACACGAUUCAAGUUUGAGCUUACGCACCCACACAAGGAAUGGUCUUUGAAUAAUGGAUUCUUCACCUACACCAAGGGCGUUGAAGUCACAAUUCAAAGAAGAGAGAGGCCAGGGAAAAUUUGA